AUGCAGUCGAAAACUAAGGAAAAAACGAGAUGGACGUGUUCGAAUUACAGGAAAACCAAGUGCAAUGACAUAAUAUACUUCUCGCACGGCCAAAAGCACCCGAAGAUCAUCCACGACAACCACGUGUACCUGGUGCAUUCGCGCGAGGCCGGCAGGACGCGGUGGCGUUGCAGGUACUGCAACAAGACCAGCUGCAAGGCGGGCCUCUUCACCUACGGCAGGAACGUGGAGGUGUUCAAUCAGCACAAUCACCACCCGCCCGCCAUCGCUAAGGAGAAGCUUUUCCCGAAUUUCGCCAACGUCAUCAGGAGAAUCAUCCCUUAUAAAUCGUCCGAGGCUACUCUUACUAAAGCGGGUGAACUUGUUUUAGAGAUGAUAUAUUUCUGUUCGGGCAGGAAGUAUCCGAAGAUCGUCGUGGACGGUUACCACUACAUCAUGCAGAAGCAGAGCGACAGGCACAGCCGCUGGAGAUGUUCCUACUGUAACAAGACCAGGUGCAGGGCGAUUUUGUACAGCUUCGGCAAAACUGUGAAAACCGUCCAGAGCCACAACCACGCCCCACAGACUUUAUCCACCAACGAGGACCUCAUACCCCAGAUGGUCAAUGUCAUCAGAGGAUGAUUAGAUAGGUUGCAAAAUUAGAUAAAAUAAACGUUUUUGAUUUUCUGAUAUUUUUUUCUGAUUGUACCCAACUCUCAUUGUACCCAAUUUAGGUAGCAAUUUUCCUGUGGCUGUG